ACGAGGGGGCAGUCCGCAACGUAUCCAUUCAUGUGCUUUUUGACAAAACUUUACUCCUAGUUACCGCCGUUGAAAGAAAGAGUGUAUGUUUAGACAUUCUUUUUAAAUAUCGGCUACUUUAGGUUAGCAUGACGAAUAUUCUGUUAGCUCACAGCGUUGUUAAAUCCUUCAGACUAGGAUGUUUUGUUGGCAGAAGAGUGGGAAACACGUCGACCUGGCUGAGGCAAACUACCAAACUUUUUAGUGUGAGGGCCCAGACAGCCCACCUGGUCCUGGAGGAUGGAACCAGAAUGGAAGGAUUUUCCUUUGGGCACAGUACCUCAGUAGCAGGGGAACUUGUCUUCAACACUGGCCUGGUGGGGUAUCCUGAGGCCCUGACUGACCCCAGCUACAGAGGUCAGAUCCUGACCCUGACCUACCCAAUUGUAGGGAACUAUGGAGUCCCCAACACUCAGGAGCUGGACGAGCUAGGCCUGAGAAAACAUGUGGAGUCAGAACGCAUCCAGGUAUCUGGUCUCCUGGUUCAAUCCUACAGCCGGGAAUUCAGCCACUGGAACUCAGUCAAGUCUCUGGGUCAGUGGCUCCACGAAGAGAAGGUUCCUGCACUGUUUGGGAUCGACACAAGAAUGCUGACGAAGAUCAUCAGAGACAAGGGCACAGUUUUGGGGAAAAUUGAAUUUGAUGGUCAACCUGUUGAGAUGUUUGACCCCAACCAGAAAAACCUGGUAGCAGAGGUCUCAACCAAGGAAACCAAAGUCUUUGGAAAAGGGAACCCAAUCAAAGUGGUGGCCGUUGAUUGUGGCAUAAAACACAACAUAAUUCGCCUGCUGGUUAAGAGGGGUGCAGAGGUCCACCUUGUGCCAUGGGACCAAGACUUGCUCAGUCUCGAUUACCAUGGCCUGUUCAUCUCCAAUGGACCCGGAGACCCAGCUUUGGCCGGGACACUCAUCGAAAAUGUCCGCAAGGUGCUGGAAAGUGAUCGUCCUCAGCCUGUGUUUGGAAUCUGUAUGGGAAACCAAAUUACUGCUCUGGCUGCAGGAGCCCAGUCAUAUAAACUGCCUAUGGGCAACAGAGGCCAGAACCAGCCAGUUGUGAAUGUGAUGACGGGCCAAGCCUUCAUUACCUCGCAGAACCACGGCUACGGCAUAGACAGCGAGUCCCUGCCCCCGGGAUGGAGCCCACUGUUCAUUAACGCCAAUGAUGGAACUAAUGAGGGCAUCAUGCACACCACAAGGCCUGUUUUCACGGCUCAGUUCCACCCAGAGGCUAAGGGCGGUCCCACAGACACAGAGUUUCUCUUUGAUACCUUCAUGUCCUUGAUCAAGAAAGGAAAAGAUGCCAACCUGGUGUCAGUCAUGCCAAAGAAACCCCACAUUCCUCCAAGAGUUCAGGUGUCAAAGGUGUUGGUACUGGGUUCUGGUGGUCUGUCCAUCGGUCAGGCUGGAGAGUUUGACUACUCUGGAUCUCAGGCCAUCAAAGCCAUGAAGGAGGAGAAUCUGAAGACGGUGCUCAUGAACCCAAACAUAGCUUCUGUUCAGACCAACGAAGUGGGCACCAAACAGGCCGACUCCGUCUAUUUCCUGCCUGUCACCCCACAAUUUGUAACUGAAGUGAUCAAGACUGAGCGUCCAGAUGGCAUCCUGCUCUCCAUGGGCGGACAGACUGCACUCAACUGUGGAGUAGAAUUGUUUCAGAGUGGCGUCCUGGAGAAGUAUGGGGUAAAAGUCCUUGGAACACCGGUGGAGUCCAUCAUGGCCACAGAGGACAGACAGCUUUUUGCGGACAAACUGAUGGAAAUCAAUGAAAAGAUCGCACCCAGUGUUGCCGUUGACUCUGUGUCUGCUGCCUUGAAAGCGGCAGAGAAGAUUGGCUACCCGGUGAUGUUACGAUCAGCCUAUGCACUGGGAGGUCUGGGCUCUGGUCUGUGUGGCAACAAAGACAAACUAGAAGAAACUGCUCAGCAGGCCCUAGCCAUGACCAGUCAGAUCCUAGUAGAGAAGUCGUUGAUGGGCUGGAAAGAGGUGGAGUAUGAGGUUGUGAGAGACAUCGCUGAUAACUGUGUCACAGUCUGCAACAUGGAGAACUUCGACCCACUGGGCAUUCACACAGGUGACUCAAUCGUGGUGGCACCCAGUCAGACCCUGUCCAACGAGGAGUACCACAUGCUGCGUGAGACGGCCAUCAAAGUGGUCCGUCACCUUGGUAUUGUAGGUGAAUGCAACAUCCAGUACGCGCUACACCCGUCAUCGUUGGAGUACUGCAUUAUUGAGGUCAAUGCCCGGCUUUCCAGAAGCUCGGCUCUGGCGUCCAAAGCCACUGGGUAUCCCUUAGCAUUUGUGGCCGCUAAGCUGGCUCUGGGAAUCCCCCUACCUGAUAUUAAGAAUGCUGUAUCCGAAAAAACCACAGCCUGCUUUGAACCCAGUCUGGAUUACAUUGUCACCAAGAUCCCCCGCUGGGACCUGGACCGCUUUCAGGGCAUGUCUCGUGAAAUCGGCAGUGCCAUGAAGAGUGUUGGAGAGGUGAUGGCAGUGGGCCGGACCUAUGAGGAGAGUAUGCAGAAGGCCCUGAGGAUGUGUCAUCCAUCAGUGGAUGGCUUUGUGCCACGACUGCCACUCAAAAAAGCCUGGGCUGACACCCAGGACCUGCAACAGGAGCUGGCUGUGCCCUCCAGCACCCGCAUCUUCUCCAUCGCCAAGGCACUCCACAGUGGUGUGAGUGUGGAUCAAAUACACCAGCUGACAGCCAUCGACAAGUGGUUCCUCCACAAACUCCACAGGAUAACACGGAUGGACCAGCACCUAGCAAACUACAAGAGUGGGACAGUACCCAAGGACCUACUGCUGCAGGCUAAGCAGGAUGGCUUCUCAGACCGGCAGGUUGGUCAGAUUCUGGGAUCCAGUGAGAAAGCAGUCAGAGAGCUGAGACUCGACCAUGGUAUCAGACCAUGGGUCAAACAGAUUGACACCUUGGCAGCAGAGUACCCAGCUAAGACCAAUUACCUGUAUUGCACCUAUCAUGGUCAGGAGCAUGAUCUGGACUUUAAAGACCAGAGCAUUAUGGUUCUUGGUUGCGGGCCCUACCACAUCGGGAGCAGUGUUGAGUUUGACUGGUGUGCAGUGUCAAGCAUCCGCACUCUGAGGCAGAUGGGUAGGAAGACGGUGGUGGUAAACCACAACCCCGAGACAGUCAGCACCGACUUUGACGAGUGUGACCGCCUUUAUUUUGAAGAGCUGACCCUGGAACGCAUCCUGGACAUCACCCAACAAGAGGGUUGCUCUGGUAGCAUCGUGUCAGUAGGUGGCCAGAUUCCCAACAAUCUGGCCGUGCCGCUGCACACGAAUGGGGUGAAGAUUCUUGGGACGAGCCCCCUGCAGAUUGACCGGGCGGAGGAGCGCUCUGUCUUCUCCAGUGUCCUAGAUGACCUCGGGGUGGCCCAAGCCCCAUGGAGAGCCCUUAGUUCUCUGGAAGAUGCCUUUACGUUCGCCGACCAGGUGGGCUAUCCCUGUUUACUCCGCCCCUCCUAUGUACUCAGUGGUUCAGCGAUGAACGUCGUGCACGGGGAAGAGGAGAUGAAACGUUUCUUGGAGGAGGCCACUCAGGUGUCCCAGGAACAUCCAGUGGUCAUCACUAAAUUCAUCUGUGGUGCCAGGGAGGUCGAGGUGGAUGCUGUAGCCAAGGCUGGCAAAGUUCUUGUCCAUGCCAUCACGGAGCAUGUGGAGGAUGCUGGCAUACACUCAGGAGAUGCUACCCUAAUGUUGCCAACUCAGACUAUCAGCCAGGGGGCUAUAGAAAAGGUGAAGAAUGCUGUUCGCAAAGUAGCACAAGCAUUCGAAAUUUCUGGACCAUUUAACACUCAAUUUUUGGUUAAAGGCAAUGAUGUCAUGGUGAUCGAGUGUAAUCUGAGGGCGUCCCGUUCCUUCCCUUUUGUAUCAAAAACAAUCGGCGUGGACUUCAUCAACGUGGCAACCAAAGUGAUGGUGGGUGAGCCUUUAGACGAGGCGAGCCUGCCCUCGCUGGAGAGACCCAUCAUUCCUGUAGACUACGUGGGCAUCAAGGCGCCCAUGUUCUCCUGGCCUCGGUUGAGGGACGCAGACCCUGUGCUUCGUUGUGAGAUGGCCUCUACCGGAGAAGUAGCUUGCUUUGGACCAAAUAUUUAUUCAGCCUUCCUGAAAGCUAUGCUCUCCACAGGCUUCAAGCUGCCACAGAAGGGAAUCCUGAUAGGGAUUCAGCAUUCGUUCCGACCUAAUUUCCUGGCCACAGCACACCAACUGAAAGAGGAAGGCUUCAAGCUCUAUGCUACAGAAGCUACUUCUGCAUGGCUGUGUGCCAACGACGUGCCUGCCACUCCAGUCGCCUGGCCGACAGAUAAGGGAGAAGACACCAGUUUGCCCAGUAUCAAGAGACUGAUCAACAAGGGUCAUAUUGACCUGGUAGUCAACUUGCCCAAUAACAACACUCGCCACGUGAAGGAUAACUUCCUCAUCCGCAGGAUGGCUGUUGACCACGGCGUUGCCCUCAUCACAGAUUACCAGGUGGUGAAGCUGUUUGCAGAGGCUGUUCACUAUGCUGGUGAGCUUGACACCACCAGCCUCUUCCACUACCGGCAGAAAGAUCGUCAGCAAAGAGGGAGAACCCUGCAGGGAUAGAUCUCCCCGUCCCUAAGUCAACUCUCCUUGUGUAUGUUGUGGAAACAACAGCAGUUUUAAGUGUUGAGACUUUAUUGAUAUGAUUUCUUAAAAAAAAACUGUUUUCCCACCAUAAGUUAUUGGUAGAUUAUUGGUUAUCAUUAACACAUUUUUUUGCAAACUACAGAAAUGAUUUCCAUUCGAUUUUGAUGUUGUCAGGUUAUGAACACUCAAGCAAGAGACUUGCUUAUAAAUGUUAAUAAUGGAAGCGUUUGCAGCUUUUACUGGACAUACCUUGUUGUUGGGAAAUGGGCAGUGGACCAGAUUCUGUGCAGAUAUGUUCUGUAAGAUCAUUGUCAAACUGGUAUCCUAUUGCAGGGCAAUAAAUACCAGCCAAACAGAUUCUGGUGGUCCAAAAGAUUUUCCUUUACCCCAUAAUAAGUCAGAGAUAAAGCAUUUAAUGAAUGGAAUUUCAGUACAACCUUCGACAACAUAGAGUAUAAGCCUCUUAUAAAAGAUUAGUUAUUAUAAAGUGGUACCGGGAGGGUCAUUAUAUUGCCUGUGCUUUUCUGUACGAUCAGCUGUACUUUUGCAAUGACAGCUAUCAAACUCACAGCUCUGCCCCUGAGUUACAUUCAAUACCAAAGACAUUGGUAAAUGUUUUUUUUUUUUUUUUUUACUUAUUUGAUCUCAUUCAUCUCAUUUUUUUUGUUGAAAAUGUAAUGACUUUUAAAGAUGUAGAUAAAGUACUUGUAAUUAUGGUAAUCAUAGAGAUUGUAUCGUCUGACCCUUGUAUGCCAUUCUGUGGCAGUCCAACUCAUUUUCUUUUUUAGACCUCUCAAAAUAACAAAAAGAGACUGAUGAUCCCCCUCUCUGUCUUUUUUGUUAUUGUUAUGUAAAAAUCCACUCUAAUACGUGAAGCUUUCUUUCACUUAUUUGGACAUAGCAGAUCAUGAAAUGUUGAACUUUGUGCCACAGUAUAUUACAGCUUAGCAUCAUUAUGUUUACUGUUGUUGGACAUUCAGUUAGCUGUAUUUAGUUGAUUGCAAUCUUUAACCUCAGUGCUAAAAGAAAGACCUGUCAAAAGUUUCAGUAAAAUCUACUGAUGCCACGAA